AUGCUGUUGUCAAAUCCUUUCGGUGUUUUUCAAGAUCGUCUCUCGGUGCUUUUCUACAAGUAUGGUCUGAUUGUGAGCUAUAAUCCACGGCCAUUUAUACUAAUACCUGUCACGAUUACCUUCUUGCUUUCAUUUGGUAUAUUUACUAUGAACGUUGAAGAUGAUCUCAGAUUGCUGUAUUCACCGAUUAAUUCCCCAGCGCGAUUUGAAUAUAGUAUACACAAGGCAUUUACCGGUGAUUCUAUCAAUAGUACAUAUGUCGCAGUAGCUGUUGAACCAAACGACAAUUUACGUAAUCUAUUAAGAAAGGAGAUUGCUACGGAAAUUCUAAGUCUAAAUGAAUUUGUUCUAAACAAUUUAACUGUCAACUUAAAUGGUAGAAUUUAUAAUUUCGGAAAAGACAUUUGCAUACGCACGACACUUUGUCCACUCAGUAACACCAUUGUACAGUUUUUCUUCAAUGCUUUCUGGAAUGAAAAGUUAUGGGAUGAUCCACGUGUACGUUUGGAUUAUCCAUUUCUGUACUUCUUCGAGAAUAAAUUCUUCCUACCGCUUCAUUUGUAUGGUGUGAAACUUGGAGGAGCAAAAGGUAUUGAAUCGAUCGAAAUGAUCCAUCUACAUUAUCCCAUACCAUCUACUGAUCAUGCAAGUUCUCCAAUAUUAUACAGAUCAUUUUGUGAGACAGCUGAAGUAGUUGGCGGUGCACUUGAAAGUGCGCUGAAGGAAUACUUGGCAAUGAAGGAGGAUCGAAGUCUAAUCAAAACAUCAAUGUUCAGCUUUUCGAUGCUCAAAAAUGAGAUGAACAAAAAUGCUCUCUACACCUUCCCUUUCAUCUCAUUAACCAUUCUUCUAUUAGUUGCUUUUACUGUUCUUUCCUGUAUGACAGGUGACUGGGUCACAUCUAAGCCACUGGAAGCAUUGAUGGGUGUGCUUUCAUCAUCUUUUGCAAUUGUUAGUGCAGCUGGAUUCAUGUUCCUGAUGGGAAUACCGUUUGUUAAUCAGGUAACAGUGAUGCCAUUCCUAGCAUUAGCUAUUGGCGUAGAUGAUACGUACGUAAUGCUUGGAGCAUGGCAAGAUACACGACGUAAUCUUCCACCGUCCAAGCGAAUGGCGUUAUCACUUCAAGAAGCUGGCAGUGCGAUAACAGUUACAUCAAUCACUUCAAUGCUUUCAUUUGGCAUAGGCUCAUUCAGUACUACACCAGCAAUAUCAAUAUUUUGUCGAUUCAUUGCUAUGGCUAUCAUUUUCGAUUGGUUUUAUCAGGUGACAUUUUUUGCUGGUGUAAUGGCACUUGGUGGCAAAAGAGAAGCUAUUGGAUAUCAUUGCAUAUUCGUUUGGAGAAAAAUGCCAAAAGAGAUCGUUGACGAGUCGAGAAAGAAUAUGGUAUUAUCAAUAACGCAUACAUUAUUCUCGGAUUACAUUGCACCAUUUCUAUGCCAUAAAGUAACACGUAUCAUUUUAAUUGGUAUUUACGGCCUGUACAUCUUUGGUGCAUUUUAUGGUUGCUCACUUUUGCGACCAAAUUUAACACCAAGUCGUUUACUGGUAGAUGAUUCACCAUUGACUCAUUACCUUAAAUUGGCGGAAACGAAAAUAUGGUCGGAAGGAGUGAUAGGUAGAGUCUAUGUGAACAAUGCACCUGACUUUACAACUGAUCCAAAGCAGAUUAAUGUUAUGCUACGAUUAGCAAAAGAUUUGGAAAAUACGGCUUGUUCAUUGGGGGAAAAUUCCACUCAAUUCUGGUUACGGGAAUAUUUAAAUUAUCGACAAUUCUUCGAAAAUAACGAUGAAGAUUUCUACGAUAUUCUCGAAUCAUUCCUCAACAUAUCCUUCAAUUCACAUUGGAAUGCUUACCUGUCUUGGACACAACAUCCAACAAAGCCUCAUAAAAGAUAUGUGAAUCGUUUCUUCUUCACAACAGCUUUCAAAAUAAAAGACUGGAAAGUUCGUACUGCAUUACUGUUACAGUGGCGCAACAUAACAAGUCAUUAUGCAAAAUAUGAAGCUUUGGUUUUUGAUGAAAAUAACUUCUACUCAGAUCAAAUGUUAGAGCUCAAAUCAACAACUUUAUCAUCAUUGGGUACUGCAAUUCUUGCUAUGAUUAUAGUAUGUAUUUUAUUCAUCGCUGAUUAUACUAUCGUAUUUUGGGUUGUUUUUGCAAUGAUUUCAAUGGAUAUUGGCAUUGCUGGUUAUCUUUCUCUUUGGGGAGCUGAUCUCGAUCCAACUACUGUUGUUAAUAUUUUGAUGAGUAUUGGUUUAUGCAUCGAUUUUGCCACUCAUGUUGGUUAUCGAAUCUAUCGAAGCAAAUAUGAGAAUCCGGAUGAACGUAUUCGAGAUGCAUUGGGAGCGGUUGGUUGGCCAGUGGUACAAGGUGGUAUUUCAACAUUUCUAGCUAUUAUUGUAAUGAUAUUGGUACCAUCAAAUGUAGUACGCAUGUUUGCGCGUACAUCCAUUCUUGUUGUUCUUACGGGUCUUUUUCAUGGAGUUGUUUUACUACCUGUCAUUAUCAGGACAUUUGCUUUUUAUCCUACUUGUGAAAAGAAUCUUCAAAUAAAAAAAUAA